AUGCCGGCCUCCAAACAGAACCCGGCCGCUUCUACAUCGGCAUCGCCUCGCAGCACUGCCAAGUACACCAACAAGGAUGGCUCCAAGUUUAUCACCGUUCCCAAGGGCAGCGGCAGCCCUACAGACUCGUCACAGCCUUCGACACCGACCAACCCCGCCAAGGCCUACAAUCUGCCGACUGCACCACCACCACCACCACCUCCUGCUGCCGAGCCCCCUGUCCUGGUGAAUCGCAAAAAGCAGAAGCGACGUCAAAAGGCGGCGGCCAAGUCGGCCGCUGAGCAGGCGGCCAACGGCCACGCGAACCCCGCACCUGCACACGGCAUCUCUUCGGAUCUUGUGACGGCUGAUGACCAGGACCUGAGUGCCACUGACGACGAGGUCGACUCUUCCCAUGACUUGUCCAACGAGUUUCCGGAGCCAUCUUCGAAAGGAAAGAAGGCAAAGAAGAAGAAGAAGAAGCGGCAAGGUGCCCUCGAGCCGUCGCUCGCGCGGAUGAAUGACCCCACGGACCUGCCUGCCGGUGCGCGGGGCCCGGGCAUCUCUCGAGACAAGAUAUGGAGCACCGGAAAUCACGAAGAGCGGGAGCGCAUCAAGGAAUUUUGGCUCGGCUUGGGCGAGGAUGAGCGAAAGUCCCUUGUCAAGGUCGAGAAAGACGCCGUUCUCCGGAAGAUGAAGGAGCAACAGAAGCAUACCUGUAGCUGCACCGUCUGCGGCCGCAAGAGGACCGCCAUCGAGGAGGAGCUGGAGGGACUCUACGACGCCUACUACCUCGAGCUCGAGCAGUUCGCAAAUCAGGGAGACGGUCCGCCAAUGCUGCCGCCGCCGCCUCGAGAUUUUCCGAUUCGUGCCCCCCGACGCCUACCCUCUCGAUACCCACCCCAACCGCCGUCCCACGGUCGAAUAGUCGAGCAGGUCGGGGACGAGGACGACGAGGACCUCGAGGAGGUCUACAGCGAAGGAGAAGGAGAGGGCGAGGGCGACGACUUUAGCGACGACGAACCCCCCGAGGAGUUCAACAACCCCCACGACCGAGACCUGGCCGACUUCCUCACGUUUGGGAAUAGCCUACAGGUCAAGGGUACGCAGCUCCUCCUAGAAUUUGUCAGCACAUAUGGUAACAUGGACUUAGGCGGCAUUCUCACCGUGGCGGAUGACCUUCUCAAGAACGACGGCAAGCGCUUCAUCGAGAUGAUGGAGCAGCUCGCCGAGCGCAGGAUGGCCCGCGAGGAAGACGCGCGCGAGCACCUCUCUCGCACCUAUGGCCAUCCCGACGACUCGUACGCUCAUCCCCACAACCACCCGCCUCCGGAGGAGGACGAAUACGAAGAUGAAGAGGAUGAGGAAGACGACUACGACGACAGUCAAGAUGAUGAGUACGAGGAUGAAGAGGACCAAAUGACGGAGGAGCAACGCAUGGAAGAGGGCCGACGCAUGUUUCAAAUAUUCGCCGCCCGCAUGUUCGAACAGCGCGUCCUGUCAGCCUACAAGGAAAAGGUAGCGAAGGAGCGGCAGCAGAAGCUGUUGGAGGAGCUCGAGGAGGAGAGCCGGCAGGUUGAUGAGCAGAGGGCCAAGAAGGCGAAGAGCGCGCAGAAGAAGAAGGACAAGGCGGCGCAGAAGAAGCAGGCGCUCGCGGAGGAAAAGGCGCGCCGGGAAGCCGAAAAGGCGAACGAGGAGGCCGCGAGGUUGGCGGCUGAGCAGCAGAAGCUUGCCGACCAGAAACAGCGAAGCGAGGAGAAGCGACGGCAAAAGGAAGCCCAGCGCAAGGCCGAAGAGGAAGCGCGGUUGAAGAAGGAGGCGGACCGGCAACGGCGGAUCCACGAGCAGCGAGAAAAGCAGGCUGAGCAGGAACGCAAGGCCCGCGAGGCAAAGGAGCGCGAGAAGAAGCUAAAGGAUGAGCAGCGGCAAAGAGAACAGGAGGCCCGCGAGCAACGGGAACGCGAGGCCCAGGAGCGAAAGGAGAAGCAAGACCGCGACAAGCGCGAAAAGGGGGCUCGGGCGGCCAAAGCCCACAGGGAAGCCCAGGAGGCGACGGAUGCCCGGGGACGCGCCAAGGAGGAAAAGGCGGCCCAGCGAGCGGCAAACAACCAGCAGGUCCCCAAACGAAGCCAGCAACAUGCCGCCUCGAACCCGGCAGGCCUGCCUCAGCACUCGCCCGCCCCGGCGGCUUUUGCUUCCCCCAAGAUUCCCAUAGCUACGCCGAUUAUCCCCAAGGCGCCGACGCCGAUACGGCAACGGACCUUGUCGCACCAACAACAACAACAAGACCCAGGCCAGACAAGCUCCGCCGCUUCUCAGUCGGCUUCGGGGCCGAGUCAAAAUCCGUCCCCUCACUCGGCGACACCAGCUCACAACAGCCCGGCACCAAUCGGGCAGGAACGAAAGGUGAGCGGCGGCAUCUCGGCGGCGAUGCUCGCAGCCCAUGCCAUGUCACCGCAGAACUCGCAGUCGCAUGCUCCGGCUCCAGGCCACACGCCCCCCUUCCAGGUUCCUUCGGUAGGGAUGCAGCCGCCUCCGGGGCUUGUCCACCAGCGCGCCCCUGGGUUCCCAGGCUCGGCGGCGCAUGAUGCCAUGUUCCCGCUCGCCUUCAGGCCGGCCCCCGGCAUGAUGAUCCCGCCGCCGGGCAUCAACGGGCCGGGCAGUCGAGGAUUCCCGCCGAUGCACAUGCCCCCUCCUGGCUUUUCACACGGCCCUGGCGACCAGUUUCCGCUGAAUCAAAUGUUCGCCAUGUCCAAGGAUGCGACGGCAACGCCAACGCACGCCCGGCAGGGCUCCGUCGGUUACGACUCGGUCGUCCCCGGCAUGUCGGCGCUGCCGAUCGGAAGGCCAACUCCGAUUCGACGGCCUGGCAGCAUCUCCCAGGAGCGGUCGCGAGACGAGGACGAGGGCCCCAAGCGGCUGGGGAGCCGAGCUCUCCUCGAGGACGACGAGCCUCUGCCGUCGGACCUGAAUCAGAGCAGCCUCCGCAAUCACCCGCCUGGCUUUUCUCGCCCCGGCUUCGCUGCGAGCCCAUACUUGGAAUCGGCGUUUCCCUUGGCGCACAACCCCUGGGGCCCGCCGGUGGGAGGAGCGCAGGCUUUCCCGCCGCCGCCGGGAUUCGGGAACGCCGCGUGGGCCUCCCCGACGAUGCCGGCGAUGCCGCCCGGCUUCAGCGUCGGCUCACCCGCCGGCCUCGGCUCCAUGCGCGCGUCGGUGCCACGUCACGUCGCCGUCCGGCUGAUGCUCUGCCAGGCAUGCCAGGCCUUGGCCAACGUCGGCAGCGCCGACAUGGACGGGUACGUCGCGCUCGACCUCAUCCACUCGCAGAUCGAAACGCAGUCGGGCGACCCCAGCAUCAUGGAGCAGGACCUUCUCAACCUGUGCGACACCGAAGGCAGCGGCUCGAACGGCGGCGGUUCGUUUGACGUGAAGCGGGACGCCGACGGUCAUGGCAAGCACCUGAUCCGGUGGGUGCCGGACGUCGGCGACGGGACGAACUCUCGCUGCCGCGCGAAGAGUUCCAGCGAGUCGGGUCAGAACGGCAGCCCGUCGAAGCGCAAGAACUUGCUGGAGAGAAUCGGAAUCACGACGCGAAGCACGACGCCGGUGCCGCGCUCGAACAGCACAGCCAGCGUCGGCCGCGCGGCCUCGUCCCUGAGCGAGGUCCAGUGCACGCUCGACGACGUGGAGAGGCCGGAUGGCGACGAGAGCGUGCUCAACAGCAAGGUCGACACGUGGGAAGGAUUCUUUGAGCCAAGAGGGGGUCGCGUUGACCAGCAGGGCCUUUCGCGCCGAUACCACAGCGACCUCUGA